GUUGUGUCCGGCUGCACGUUUGCUCGCAGUUGCCUUUUCGGUGGCGUUGCUGGUGCAGUGCAUUUUAUGCUGUGUGUUGGCGUACGUGCGUUAGUGUGCUGAGUGUUUGGUUUAUUUAUUUUUUUUGUCUCAACCCGUGUCAUUUCGGGUUGGUUGUGUGCGGUAUCGCCGAAAGCCUUUCCGGCGCGGUGUUGUUCCCAUCGAUCGGAGAAGCAAAGCAAUAGCGGGCAAACCCGAUAAAAAGCCAGCGAAAACGUGCAAAAUUAGCCAGGAAAUGAAUAAUUAGAUGCCGGUGGGUGAAGAUUUCCGAUUAGGAUCGCGAGAGCGUGCUGUGUGGCAGGUGCGAAAGUCUUGAGGGCGUUCCACGUUCGUGUGGUUUGCGUAAUUUGGGCGCUGGGCUGUGAUUGAAUGGGACACGGGGUGGAUCCCAACAUACAAUGCCGCCCGUCUCCCAAACACGGUACAGUGACAUCGGCAUCGAACGCUGAUCUAUCUCGUUUGCGGCAGCGUGUGCUUGGGAGCUUGGUGAUGCACCACCUCCCCAAGUGGCGAGUGCGUGGUGAAAACAAAAACGCACUUCCCUCUGCCGGUCGGUGCAUGUAAAAGUGUACUCCUCGAAAGAUGUUUUCAACAAACCCACGUUAAUUGCAGUGUGUACUUACGUUAAGUGGUCAUUUCGUCUUUGGUGAAGCUGUGCCCCGGACCUAUGUCCUAUGUGUUCGAUAGCCCUUACAAACCUCGCAAACCUGACGACGAAAGGGAGUCGUACACUUUCUACGUGCUAUUCCUGUCCGUUUAUGCAACCCCAUAAACGAUACGGUGUGUCGUGAAAGCAGCCGAUGCGGUGCAGUAAAAAUGCAUUCCCCUGCGAGGAUCGAUGUGUGGUGUACGGUUGGCGCGUAGUAAUGUGGCCGGCUAGUGUCGAGGUGAAGUACAAUUUUAUCGACGCAAGUUUUGCUCUGUGUCCUAUCCGUUCCUGAUGCACGGUGUCGCUGAAGUGUGCGAAAUAAAUUAAGCAAGUGCAGAACAAAACACAACACUCGCAUACAGUUCUUGUACACCGGUCACUGCGAAGAUUAUCUUGCGGUGCUUGCUUGCGGAGUGGGGAGUUUCAUCUGCAGCAGCGAACGCAUCCGAGAGACUGGGGAGAGACCACACACCGAUGCACGGCGGCUUCAAUGCAAUAGCACAUACAACACGUUGCAGUGUGCCGCAGUGCCAAAGGAACAACGAAACGCCACGCUCAGUAGGUCAAGAUGCACCAAGGCAAAGUAACGCUGCUGAAACUAGCGAUAGUUCAGCAUUUUUUCCUCUACAUUCCGUUAGCUGUUUUCGCUUCUAGCUUAAUUACUAUGAACGACACCGAUAAUCUACUUACUGCAAGAUGUCGGUCCAACUGUACCUAUGAUAAGCAGUGCUACAGCAAGUGCAUGCGCAACUAUUUAGAAAACUCCGCGUACAAAAAGUACGGAGAUUGUCCACCGAAACCACCGACCAAACUCGACAGCUUGUGUCUCAACACCUGCGAUGGACUGGAUUACAAGUGUCCGGGUGUGGAGAAAUGUUGCGAACACUCGUGUGGCCAUAGCUGCCAGAGCCCGUACGGGUUGGAGCGUGUCGCUGGCUUACCCUCCGUACCGACCCAUGUGCAGCUGAUGGAGAUGGGUCGGGUCUUUCGCACCGCCCAGAUCCAGUGGGACAUGAAGGUGGAGAACGAGCAGAGUCCGACGUACUACAUCACCGAAUCCCGGUUUCACAUUGGCACCACGUAUGCGGAGCACAAGCUGGAGAAUGAUUGGCAGCUGCAUCUGCUGGAAACGUUCACGCAAUACAAUCUGGGCAAUGUGAAACGUUACGAAGGUGAAAUAAAGCUAAAGCCGGGUCGGUGGUAUCAGGUGCGGGUCGCUGCUGUCAACGGGAUGGGCACUCGUGGCUACUCUGCACCGUCGCGCCAGUUUCAGCUAAGCAAACGGCCGAAUCCACCACAACCUCCGAAAAGUCUCACCGUUGGCUCGCUAGACUUGAACGAAAAUCGCACAUACACCUGCCGCGUGUCGUGGAGUUUGCCGCGUUCCGAUCUUCCGGUGGAAAAAUACAAACUCAGCUGGAGUCUCUACCUGAACUUUACCAGUAAUCGUUCGAAGACAGAUAAUUCUUCCCUGUUCAAAGAGAUGGCUACUAUUUCGGCUCCUACCCGACACUAUGACAUCCAGGGACUGUUGCCGGACCGGUACUACUACCUACAAAUUCAAGCCAUCAGUGUUUAUGGCAAGCGGCGGCUGAAAUCUGCUGCCAACCAUCUGCUGGUCAACACGUCUGCUACGGCGUCCAGCCAGGAAAGAAGUCCGAUUAACCUGGACAAUCUGCUUAUGGGUGAUGCUGGAUAUCGACGGCCGAAAAGCCAUCCAAGCUUCAAAGAAGGCUUACAUUCAACGGCAGCAUCUGCAGCCAGCGGCAGCCGAAUGAUGGCCAAUGGGAUGCCCACGGCAGGCACGAUCCGAUACCAGUUUGCGCUCCGAAGAUCAGGACUCGCGGUACGACUGAGCUGGUCCGAGCGUGGUUAUGGCCGAUAUCGUGUACACAUUUGUCGUGGGAAUCGAGAAUGUCUCACCAUUGCUCGUGGAACAACCGGCCUCGGCAGCCAUUGGCAAGACGUUGUUCUGCGACGCAAUGCGUAUGAGUUUGGUAAGUUAGAAUUCAACACCCGGUACACGGCUGGUGUACGAAUAGGGGGACAUCGACGCAGUACACCCGGCUACGACAUUGUCCGAUCGUUCACAACUCCCAAAUGUGAGAAGUUUCGCGAUCAACAGUUUCUACCACCAGAGUGUAGCGUUUGAGUGUACGAAAUUAGAGCACAUGUUGCUGAUGUUAGCUGUGUUGCAUAAUUGCAAUAGAAUUUGUCACCAUUUCCGGCUGUCCUCCUUGUCCCAUGUUUUCCUGCCGCCAUUUUAAAUACCAUAGAUCAAUUGAGCUGCCAUCGUUAGAUUUUUAAGCUAUGUUUUUGUAUUGUAAGAGAUGUCUAGUUGAAAUAAUUAAAAUAUAUGUGAUUGUGACCGUUGAGAAAAAGAU